ACUGAACUUUUUUUCAAGAUCUGCUACAGUGGGUUGUAUAAGAAAAAGCAUAUAAAAGCAUACGCCCCUGCCCCUUCUGGAUCUAUACAGAAAAAUGGAAAUGUACAGUAUAUGUAACAUCUUGUUUGCUGACUACAGAAGAUAGAAAAUGUAUACUCCAAUCAGUCGUAUACCAGUCCCGGUUGAUCCAGUAACAUCGGUUCAUGUAUGAUCUAUGUUUUUUUAAAAGAACAACACCAUUAGAUUGUGAAAGAAAAAAAAGGGCAGCCCCAGUGCAUGUAGCUCCCGCUUGCGCAGGGUCUGGGGAAGGGUCCGGCCACUUUGGGUCUAUUGUACGCAGCCUUUCCCUACAUUUCUGCAAGAGGCUGUUUCCAGGACUUGAACCCGUGACCUCAUGGUCACAAGGCAGCAGCUUUACCACUGCGCCAAGGCUCCCCUUCAUUGUGAAAGAAAAAAAACAUCAUUUUUUUGGUGUGGCCUCAAAAAAAGAAAAGAACUUAGAUCAUUAGUCUCUAUGUGCAGCAGCCAUACGUUGGUGCCCAAUAUGUGCAGCAGCAACAAGCUGGGAUGCGACUGCCAUUUCAAACAUCUUCAAGUCCAUUUGCAAUGCAUGUAUGUGCUUUCAUGAAAAAAUGAUAGCUUGUGCCCUCUUCAAGUCAUGUGCUUUUCAUGAAAAAACUUGUUCUUCUGCUAUGUUGCAAACACUUAUAACUCUGAAAAGAAGAUAAAAAGAGAAAAGAAAGUAACUUAUACUAUGAAAUUCUAACAUGCAAAAAGGUGAAAUGAUGCAUGAAAUGAAUUUUCUUGGAAGUGGUUACAUGAGCUACACAUAAUUGUUGAUGACUGCUGAUCAAGAGGUACUAUAAGUGCCUUUAUAUUGUUGACUUUGACAUGUAUAGUGGAAACAAAAAAAAUGUUGAAAAAUGUCAACAAAUAAAAUAUAAACUACAUAACAUGUUUGUGGUCACAGGCUGGUAUUGGUGGAUCUCAACAUUCUGGUCAACAACAAGAUUCUGGUGGCACGGGGUUUUGUGAGAAUGACGCAUACAUGAUAACUGAGCGGUAUGGGCAUUUGCAAGGACAAGAUGAGGGGGGCGAGCCAACAGGGAGGCAAUAAGCGGGAAAUGUAGAUGUGGGGGCAGAAGGUUUCCCUAGCUGGAGCUGGGAUGGCAACACAGCUGAAGCGCACCAAGGUUGCAGCUACCAACCUAGAUACAGAGAACAAGACAGCGAUGAUGGUGAUUUUGACUUUGAUGAAGGUGAGGAUGACUUGGAUGAUGAUUUGGAUGAUGAAGUUGCUGCUGGUUCAAGCCAUGGACCUAGUUUCCCUAAGGACAUGAGUCUUGAUGGUGGUUUGGGUGAUGAUUCAGCAACUGCUGGCUCCAGCCAUGGCCCUAGUUUCACGGAUGGCAUGAGCUUCGAUGAUGUUUCAGACAAUGGUAAACAAGCAGACGCACAUGGAAAAAACAAGAAUGUCUGUGAUUGUGAUGAUCAACGGGAAGGUGGGCCAGUGCAACAAGAAAAUGUUGAACACCUGUCACAGGAGGACAUACUCAUGUUCAUAGAAAGUGACAGUGUCUGUGCGGCUCAGGCUCAGACUUGCAGCCAAGAAGUACGGAGCUACCAUGUGCCAUAUGUGGGCAUGGUCUUUGAUUCUUGUGAUGCUGCCCAUGCAUUCUACAAUGAGUAUGCAACCAUUUGUGGGUUUGCAAUCAAGAAAGCAGGCAACUACCAUGCAACUAAACCUGGUGGCAAGGCAGUGUCCCAUUACACUUACAGGUGCAACCGCUCUGGUAAAGUUGUUGGCGAGGAUGUGCUUGAAGAAAGGAAAAAACAGAGGCAGCUCAAGAAGCAAGAAAAAACAGGGAUCCCCCCGCCUGAGAAGGCAAAAAGGAAGAGGAAAAACUUCAUACAAAUAACUGGGUGCCAGGCUAAAAUGAUUGCAACACUAAAAGGAGACAAAUGGGUUGUCACGGUUGUUGACCUGGAGCACAACCACACCCUUAGCCCUCCAGACGAGAGCAAGUAUCUCAGAUCGCACAAGAAGAUGACAGAGGAAGAGAAGUUGUUUAUCAGGACAUUUAACUCUGUACAGAUGCCCACUAGGAAGAUUAUGGCCAUUCUUUCUUACCUGCGAGGGGGUGAUGCACCAUACACUAAGAAAUAUGUUAGCAAUGUGAGGACGGCAAUAAACAGAGAGAAUGGCAAGGGAGAUAUGUUGCAGGUCCUUGAUUGCUAA